ACAAAUUUUGUCAUAUAUCAUAUGCUAAAGUGAAAGGACAGAAGUAGCAACGUUUUUCCCAACACACUUGUUUUUUUUUUUUUUAAAUACUUUUAUUUCAUCGAAAAUCACACGCACUCCUUAUUUGUUUUUGGUUUUAUUUGAAGCAGUAUUUGUUUUUUAUUAUUAUUUUUAGUAAGUUUCUCUUUAAUGUGUAACGGAGAAGACAGUUGAGAGAGAGAGCUUCAUGAGUUUCGAAAAAAAUAUAUAUAAGCGGGACUAACUAGUAGUACUACUACUUUACAUUUACAACUCUGCUAGGGUUUUUCUUGUUGUACGCAACAGAGAGAAGAAUGGGAAGGCCAAGGUGUUAUUUGGACAUAAGCAUAGGAGGAGAACUUGAAGGGAGAAUUGUUGUGGAGCUUUACAACGAUGUUGUCCCUAAAACUGCUGAGAAUUUUAGGGCUCUUUGUACUGGUGAAAAGGGUAUUGGUCCCAACACUGGUGUCCCCCUUCAUUACAAGGGAGUUCGUUUUCAUCGUGUGAUUAAGAGCUUCAUGGUGCAAGGUGGUGAUAUUUCUGCUGGCGAUGGUACUGGGGGAGAAUCCAUCUAUGGGCUAAAAUUUGAAGAUGAAAAUUUUGAAUUGAAGCAUGAAAGGAAGGGAAUGUUAUCUAUGGCUAAUUCUGGACCUAACACUAAUGGAUCUCAGUUUUUCAUCACAACCACUCGAACUUCCCAUCUAGAUGGAAAGCAUGUAGUUUUUGCAAAAGUCAUCAAAGGAAUGGGAGUUGUUCGUUCGAUUGAACAUGUGACUACUGGUGAUAAUGAUUGCCCAACAGUAGAUGUCAGUAUUGCCGAUUGUGGAGAAAUUCCUGAGGGGGCUGAUGAUGGUACUGCAGACUUUUUCAAAGACGGAGAUCUAUAUCCUGAUUGGCCUGCUGAUCUUGAGAACAAUACUGAUGAUCUCCCUUGGUGGAUCACCGCACUAGAGUCUAUUAAGGCAUUUGGUAAUGAAAAUUUUAAGAAACAAGAUUACAAGAUGGCUCUUAGGAAAUAUCGAAAAGCUCUGCGCUAUUUGGAUAUCUGCUGGGAGAAAGAAGGGAUAGAUGAAGAUAGGAGUGCAUAUUUGAGAAGGAUGAAAUCACAGAUAUUUACCAACAGUUCUGCUUCUAAGCUAAAACUAGGAGACCUGAAGGGAGCACUCCUAGAUGCUGACUUUGCAAUGCGGGACGGAGAAAACAAUGCAAAAGCUCUAUUUCGUCAGGGGCAGGCACACAUGGCUCUUAAUGACAUAGAUGCUGCAGUAGAAAGUUUCAACAAAGCAUUGGAACUGGAGCCAAAUGAUGGAGGAAUCAAAAAUCAGCUUGCUGCUGCUAAAAAGAAGAUUGCUGAUAGACGUGACAAGGAGAGAAAAGCAUUUUCCAAGAUGUUCCAAAAGUAGUUUUGGUAUUCAUCUAUUUGGAACCAGUUCCUGAAAUUAAUACUUAUCAACUGCCAUCAUACUGGGAGUUGCUUCUGCUUUCAAAAACAGGAUAGUUUAUGCCUUGUUUCGAGUCACAUCGGUCCUGUUCUAUGAACUGAAUUAACUUUAGCUGAACUGCUCAGGCUGUUCUUGGUUUCAUGCGCCAAUUAGCAGAAGGGGUUUUAGGUGUCAAUGCACCCUUGUUUGUCAUUAAUCAGCUAUCAAUAAGAUACAUUGAGAAAACAAAUAUUAAUCAUGAGCAUGGUUAUCCAAUGUUCUUUUAA